AUGUGGCACCCUGUCCUCCGCUUCAGCACCCGAUGCUUGACGGCGAGGUUCGUUUUAAGGUUGGCGUUAACCAACUUGGUUGCUGGUCGUACGCUCGAUAUUUUCGAGGAAGCCGGCCAUGAGGGAAUCAGCUCAUGCUUGAUUGUAGCGGUAAGACUGGUAUCGUCGGAUUCCACUCAAGAUCCAGAAUCUUUUGUUUACGACGGUCGUGGAGUCAGUAUCGCAUCGCUAUACGGCGUACUCCCCAGAUCGCGUCGAGCGGGUAGAAUAGUCUGGAACGGGCUCCAUCACCGUGUCAAAGAUGUAAUCGACGUCGUAACACCGCAUCCAAUGUCUGCAGAGAAGGAUUCUCGUCCGUGGCCGCAGGUUGGGGAUGAAAGGUGCGAGAGCGACGUCUAG